UAUGACGUCGGCGUCGAUUCAAUACUAUACUGGGAGGCCACCGGAUGACUGUGCACUAGACGCAUCUAGUUGCCUUAGCCAUGAAGCACGUUUAAAGAGCGGUCAACGUCCAUCGUUCACUGUAAAGGCAACUCCUAAAAUCGCUACAGUUAAACCCAUAAGGACUGUGAAACCAAUGAGAAUAGAAAAGGAACAGUCUAGUCAGAAGACACUUUGUAAACACAAGUGCACUGAUCCAAUUCUCUGUAAAAAUUGCAUUCAGGAUUUAUACACCAUUAAAUCACCAUCACAAUUUAAUGAUCAUAAUAAAGAUGAUGAUUUUGAGGAGAAAACCGAAACCGAAAUCGAGCGAGAAAAGAGCGCCAACUGUUGGAAUAAAAAAUACAAAACGACUCUGCUGCCUUCUAUAGCAGAAGAUUCGAAUUGUGAUUCCGAAAACGAUGACACUGUCUUUUCAUCAAAUUCAUCAAGUAAUGGACUCCAUUCAGCUUCAUCGGAAGGGUCUGAAUAUGGUGGAAAUUCACUCCUAGAUUCACUUCAUAAACGAUUUUAUCCUACUCAAUAUAAUAAUGCUGAUUAUAGAUCGAGACUUGUAGAUGAUAAUCUUUCAUCAACAUUAUCGCAUUCAAAAAGUGACGGUUUCGUUCAAGUUACUUCGCCAAAACUGAUAAGAAGAUUACCGCAAUCUAAAUGCGUUUCGUGGACAGCAGAUGACGAUAGGCUGGCAAGUAUUUCCUACAUGAUAAGCGAAAAUAUGCUCGCCAAAGCUCAAUGUGUGAGCCAUGUGAAUAAACUUAAUGAAAAAUUCGUACGAUUUAGCUCAAUAACCGUCCGGAAGGACAGUAAUAAGGGGUUCCUGUUUCCGAUAGAUGGCGCAAUCACUAGAGAGAUUUAAUAUUUUGCAAUAAAUAAUAUUUAUGGGGGGAAUGAAGUAGGAUAUUAGUUAAUGGGAGGAAUAGUUUAAAAAAGUAAACGUUAUAUAAAUAUAUUUUUUGAUUUUUACAGGUCAAGCAAACAAACGCCAGAA